AGCAGGUAGUGGCUCAUUACGAGUUAAAGACGAUCUUUGUGGCCUUUAUCAGUCUGCAGCAACAUCCGGAGCUUUCCUUUCAGCCAUUUCCACCUGCUUCAUUGAGCUAGUGAACCCGGACCGCCUCUGGAACAGAAGCACCCAGCUGCCGUCCUCCGCCGCUCCGCUGAAGCCGCCGGGAUGCAGGAGGAGGCUGGGCAGAGGAGCGAGGAGCAGCCGUGAAGCGACAUGGGCAGCGGCAGAUGGACAGAGCAACCGUGGGCCGACCACUGACACACAGACACAGUCAGCAUGGAGCAGGGCUUCAGUUUAAACUCCCUGAAGAAGCUGGCGGCGGAGCCGGACUACACGGACGUGACGCUAACGGCUGCAGAGCGAGUGCGAGCGCUAGCGAAGAUGGGGUGCUGCGUGGAGAUCAAUGAGGAGAUCGAACCCAGACGUUACUUUCGCUCCGGAGUGGAGAUGGAGCGCAUGGCAGCAGUUUACCUGGAGGAGGGCAGCCUGGAGAACGCCUAUGUUCUCUACACCAAGUUCAUCACGCUGUUCGUGGAGAAGCUGCCGAGCCACAGGGAUUACCAGCGAUGUUCGGCCAUUCCAGAGAAGCAGCUAAUCAUGAAGAAACUCCAGGAGGAGGCUUUUCCUCGGAAAGAGGAGCUGAAGAAACGUCUUCAGGAGAAGUACAGCAGGGAGCACUCAGAGUACCUCAGGAGCCAGUCGGUGGCGGUGGAUGGGUGUGGUCAGCGGCUGCAGCGGCUCACCUUGUUGGAGGAAGACAGGAGGCGCAUCCUGUUGCUGGAGGAGGAGAAGCAGCGAGUAGCCGCCCUCCGACGGAUGCAGAUCGAGUCGGAGCAGUUCCGCUACUUUGAGGACCAGCUGAGACGUCAGGAGCUGGCUAAUAAAAAGGAGGAGGCGGAGCUAAAGGAGCAGACUAAAGUGCCUGAGGUCACAGAUGGCUGCUGUCCAUCCAGGCAACCAAUCAAAAGCCGCGCGCAUUCUCAGGGGGUGGAUCCGAAUAAGAACCGGCCGUCUGUGACCAUGAACCAACCAGUUGCCGCCUUAGCAGCAGUACACAGUCAGAGGGUGGAGGGUCUGAGGCGGGUGGUGAUCCCCAGAGACCUGACAUACCGGUUCCUCCUGCUGGCUGACUCAAACACAGCCAGAGGAAUAGAAACCUGUGGCGUCCUCUGCGGGCGGUUGACCCACAAUGAGUUCCUGCUGACGCAUGUGGUGAUCCCAAAGCAAUCGGCCGGACCAGAUUUCUGUGACAUGGAGAACGUGGAGGAGCUAUUCGGCUUCCAGGAUCAACAGAACCUGCUGACUCUGGGCUGGAUCCACACCCAUCCCACCCAGACAGCUUUCUUGUCCAGCGUGGACCUCCACACUCACUGUUCCUACCAGCUGAUGCUGCCGGAGGCUGUUGCCAUCGUCUGUGCUCCAAAGCAUAAUGAUACGGGUGUGUUCAGACUCACCGGUGCGGGUAUGCUGGAAGUUUCUGGAUGCAGACUGAAAGGUUUCCAUCCGCACGCAAAGGAGCCUCCUCUGUUCACGGUCUGCAAACAUGUGGUGGUCAAGGACUACAAGCUCAACCUGUUUGACCUCAGGUGACAGAGGAGCCGCUGCCUCCCGUUUACUGCCAUGCUUUUAUUUUGAAGAGGAAACUGUGAACCUGCUGCCUCAGCAUGUGUGGGUUUCUGUUAUUCUGCCUGUUGUCUGUGAUGCAGUAGACAAUUAGUUUACUGCACCUAAACAAACUCAGAAGUGGGACUAACUGAGUGCCUUUAAACUGAAAAGUGCAGGAUGAGAGUGUUUGCUUCUGCUCUAUGAACUUAAAAAAUACGAUUCCUGAAUCUGCUGUGAAACCAGAAAUCCGGUAUUUGUUCUGCACUGAUAUGUUUUAAACACAGCAGAGGGAUUUUAACCCUUUAAUAUUUUUAUCUUAUUUUGAAAAACUGUCGUUUAUUUGUUUUUUCUUUUUUCUUUUUUUACUCUGCAGUUUUAUUUGUUUUUCCCCUGAACAGCUCAGAAACCUGCAGUUGAUCUGAUCAGACCAACCAUCUGUGUGGGGAAUAAGAACAUAAAGGAGUCAUAACCUGGAACAAUCCUAAAGUCUGUGUUUUUUUUCUUGUUUUUUUGAGUGGGAGUGUGCUCUCCACAAAGUCCAAUUUUGGUUGCAAGGUCCUUAAGCCGGAAUUAUGAUGAUACAAACUAUAUAUUUGAAGAAAUAUGUGGUAUCACUGAUUUAGAAAUAGAAGCUAAGGAAGGAAAUUGUCAUGACUUCAUUAAGAAUUAAACACACGUCUCAAAAGUUCUCUUUUCCGUGUAGGAAAACUUCAAAAGUGAUUAGUUUUUUUAGUCAAUAAGAAACCAUUGAACAAGUAGAGCUUCCAACUAUCAUGAACCCACCUGCAGGCAGUCACUAAUUGUUGGUACUUGCGUAACUUUUUGCCUAUUGUCUAAGAGACCAAACCGCUAACGCUGCUAAUGCUGCUAAUGCUGCUAA